UGUUGUGGGGUAAAUGCGUGCACGGCCAUCACGAGCAAUCCGCUGAUGGAAGCUUCGCACCCUAUAUUCGCAGACGCCCAGCCUGCGGACGAGGUGGCCGGCUUCGUCCACUCGCCGGUGGCCUCGUCCACGUCCUCGUCCUCUCGGUCGCUGGUCGUGGCGGCUGGCUGCUCGUGUGCCGUGCUGGCCGCUCUGGCUCUCGCUGCCGCUGUCGCCUGGCUUGUGCGCGUGCGCAAGCCCUCGCCCAGCAGGGAUGCCCCAAUCGAGGAGCCCUCGUGGCAGACUUGGUCUUCAUCACCCGACGGCCGGCCGCUCUCCUGCGGUCCUCCCUGGAUGCUGGGUGCGCACCGGGACGACCUCGGCCCGCGCAGGGACCACUCGCCUCCUGCCGUGCGACCACAGUCGGGGUCUGGUGGGGAGCCAGACACAGUUCAUUCAGACUUCACCCAGAGGCUGGCGGAGAUCCACGUGGACCGGAGAAAAGUAACGUUCCUGGAAAGGCUUCAUCAGGGCACCUUCGGCCAAAUCUUUCACGGCCUCUUGGUAGAAGACUGGGCUGAAGUGGGCGCCGAACAAAAUGUGCUCAUCAAGACCGUCACCGGCGAGGCGUCGGCGGCGCAGGCUGCACUGGCGGUGCGCGAGGGCCUCUCCCUGCUGGGCAUGAACCACGCCAACGUGCUGUCGGUGGUGGGGGCCGCAUGCGACGGCCAGCCGCUGCUCCUCUACCCGUACAUGAACGCCGGCAACCUCAAGCGAUUCCUCAAGCAGGCCGACCAGGUGCUGGUCACUCAGGAUCUGGUGGACAUGGCCAUCCAGGUGGCUGAAGGUUUGCAGUACCUGCACAAACGGGCCUUCGUGCACCGAGACGUGGGGACCCGGAACUGCGUUGUGGACGACCGGCUGCACGUGAAGCUGACCGACAACGCCCUGUCGCGGGACCUGUUUCCCGACGACUACCACUGCCUGGGCGACGGGGAGAACCGGCCCAUCAAGUGGCUCGCACUCGAGAGCCUCGAGCGGGGCCUCUUCUCGCCCUCCUCCGACAUCUGGAUGUUCGGCGUGGCGCUCUGGGAGCUCAUGACGCUGGCGCAGCAGCCGUACGCCGAGCUCGACCCGUUCGAGGUGGGCGAGCAGCUGGAGCAAGGGUACCGGCUCGCGCAGCCCAUCAACUGCCCCGACCCACUGUACCUGGUGAUGGACACUUGCUGGCGCGCUGACCCGGAGCAGAGGCCCUCGUCGGCAGUCCUGCUGCGCCUGCUGGCGGAUCUGUACGCGGCCCUGAACCGCUUCAUCUAGGCUGCUCCAGCCACCCAGACAAUCAGACCGGCCCUCCAUCAUUGCACUGCCUCCUGGGGCGCGCGCCAACUACGGUUACAGGUCUCCACCUGUGGCGUUGCCGUAGAGCGCUGUCCCACUCCGGCCCACCAGAGUGCAGAAGUAUAACCGCUCCACGUGUUAAGCGGGCAUAUCGCCGCGGCUUCUGUCGAUUCAGGAACCAGGUCAUCCGCACGUACAGACCCCAUCAACUACUCCGAAUGGUCGGCGUACAAGCCGCUCUCACUCAAAAAACCGCUUUUGUGAGAAGCGUUUUGCAAACCUGGCUCCAGUCAAUGUCGGGCCCGUGUAGAUCGAGCCGUGAGCGAAGAAGACAGCUCGUUGUGUUACUUUGGCUGUGAAAACCGUGGAGUCGUACACCGAACGUAUACGUCCUGCGCUGUGCCUUGACCGCCCUCGAGCUUAAUUAAUCCCGCUUAGUGUUGCCGCGGGACUGGGCGGCAAGCCGUGGUGUAUUGGGGCGCCUGCACCACGUGGUGACUGUGUGGCCGAUUGUUGGAUGAACUUAUUCGAGGUGUGUAAAGGGUUUCUGAAACGGUCGCUAGAAAGCACUGGUGCCGCAGCGACAGUGGUCACGUGCUUGGAGAAUGGCACUCGUCCAUUGUGUUUUCAUGUAGCCACUGCUGAGGCAUCCGCGUGUGUGGCCGAGCUGCCUCGGAGGCUCGUUAAGAAGUGCUGCUCGCUUGAUGGGGCUUUCGGUUAAAGUGGUCACAUUGUCGGGCGUGGUAUCAGGCAGUAAAUGUUGCAAUUCGAUCUGCAUGCAAGGCUUGAUUCAAAAGGAACCUGUCGUCUUGCUGCGAAAAUGAAAGCGUGAAACGCGUGUUAUCUACGAAGAAAAAAAAUGUUUCACUGUGUACUCAAGCUGUGUGUUGCUCUCGUACGCACGCCUUUCACACGACCGUUUCAGGACGCCCUAGCGGGGAAUGCGCCUUCGCUGGAACGCCUAAAAUACCGGUAGCGGUGCUAGCUCGCUGUUGGUGUCAUGUAUUUGUCCGCGACUUUCGUACUGGUGAAAUUGACAAGAUGUCUCGCAGCAUGUUAAUAAGUGAAGAAGAACGGCAGAUUGGGCGAGUUGUUAGUUUUGCAUAAUGUUUAAAAAAAAACAGCUCUAAAAACGGACAUCGGGCAACG